AUGACUCGUGUCUCUGAAUAUGGUGACUCUGACAAUGUCACAACAAAUUCUCCGGACACUCCGCGUCCAAUCAUCCCGCACAGAAGGCUUCUUCCAUUGGUUCAAAGCACCCAUCGUGCCCUCGUUCUUAGGCCUGCUCCAUUUACCGAACCCCAAGUUGAACAAGUCCCUAUGCCAUCUCUACUGCCUGGAAGUGUUCUUCUGCGUAUUCUCGCAACGCCCCUCCACUCUUUUAGCAAGCUAGGUUUUGAUUUUUACAACCAUUUCAGAUCUCCUUAUGAAAUCCCGAUUAUUCCCGGCUCAAGUGCAAUUGCCCGUGUGAGCCAGGUCGGUGACGAUGCAACCACUCUGAAGGUUGGUCAACUAGUCUUCUUUGACUCGGUCAUGAAAGGAAGAGAUAACCCGGAGACGGUUCGAUUUUCCAACCCCGUGUAUCAUGGAUUUGACUCUCAAAUCAAGGAAAUCAUGGCCUAUAGCGGUUUUGCAGAUGGCUCAUAUGCCGAGUUCAUGAGGGCACCACUUGAGAAUUGCUAUCCAUUGGAUGAAGGUGCAAAAGUUGUAGCCUGGUCUCACGAUGAUGCUAAGCUCAUGCGUCUCAAUCAGAUCCUAUCAUGCACUUUCAACGGUUCUUGCGAAAGAAUUUCCACGGUAACCUGGACAGGCAACCGCACGAAUGAUGCCUACAACAUCAACAAAUUCGGUCCGAUAGAUGUGUUCCUCGACAUUUCUCCUCCUGGGGCCCGAGGAUCUUUCCAUCUCAAAUCCGGCAUUAUGUCGCUCAGACCUGGAGGCCGGGUGAGUCUGAUGGGUGCCUAUGAAGAGCUUGAGAUCCCAAAUAUCUUUGUUACACGUUCUAAUAUCACAUUGAAGGGAAACUGGAUGUAUGAGCGAAAGGAUGUUCUUGCAUUGAUCAAGAUGAUCGAGAGGGGGAAUCUUCGCCUGAAAGAAGAGGACGGAUGCUAUGUUGCUGGCCAAUUUGGUCUGGAUCAGUGGAAGGAUGCAUUGGCAGCGGCUGCUCAGCUCACGAAUAUUGGAGAGAGUGUCGUGUUUUCUUUCUAG